AUGUUCUGGACAGUGUCGGAUGUUUUUGUUUCCACUGAUGGUAGCGAUAGAGUAGAGACUGCCGCAAUAGGCAAGUAUGGGAAACUGGAAGAGAGCACACUGGCUUCUGGGCCGCUUCAGCUGAAUGAGAGCAGGGAACUGAUAUUGAAACUCCUCGAGCUGUACAAGGACGCCACAGUAACGAUUAUUAUUGACGCCUUGGAUGAAUUUAGGAAUCAGAAAGAUCUUUUAGGUAUCCUAGAGAACCUUCUGGAGGUGCAAUUCGAAUCAAGUGUGUUUUUGGUCGCCGGGACUGGAAAGACAGGAUCAGCCAGUCUUUCGAAAUACCAACUCUUGGACCUAUGCGGCAACCUGGUCAUCUAUGACCAGGUUUUUGAUACCUUUCGAUUCUCGCACCUAUCCGUUCAAGAGUUUCUUGAAGGUCAAGAGAUGUUUAAACCCGAGACUGUACACGCCACUCUAACGGAAGACUGUUUAUUUAAUAUCGACAAGAUAGGACGAGAGACGAUAACCGAAGCAGAAACACGACUUCUCGACUACUCAUGCUGCCUUUGGGCAGUACAUUCCCGGGAACCUCUUCAUCACAGACAACUGCGGCUGAAGAAACUUUGCAAAUUAUUUCCCCGAGAGCAGGAUUGGUUGUCGAGCUUCGGCCGUUGGCACAGACGUAUCGAGGACUUAUUGUCGGACUGGGCGAAUGAAUUGCAUCCCAAGGCGCAUGAUUGCUUGAAAACUGCCAUAUCUUUCACCCCUUCUGCUCUUUCAAUCAUUUGUGCCUUUGAUCUGACCGGCAUCCUUGACCGUGAGCAAUGGAUACAACAGGUCAAAAGAUGCCCUACGACGAAGUCGGACCUAACAUAUUCUGAGGUUCUAGCUGCUUGCAACAGCACUGAUCUUGUCCAGUGGCAAUUGGAUGACAAGAUUCCGUUUGAUAAGCUGGAAUAUGUCAUCAGUAUUGCAGCUGAGAGCCGGCGCAACGGCGACAAGGCGGUGAAGUCCUUUCUUGACAACGUCGGGGCUGAGGUCUAA